GCUCCUUGCUACUGCGCGUGCGCCAUCGCACGUCGCGCUAGCGUCACCACGCCGGCUUCCGGGAAAACUUGAUUGGUAAACAGGACUUUGGUGGCGGCAGUGCCCUUCUUGGGCGGCGGCCGGUAGCACAGGUUGAUGAGUUUGUGUAUGUAUCCUUUAGAAUUCAGGUAGUGCAGGACUUGGAAUGAAAAGUUAAGCCCCACUGCCCCCAGUUUCUUCCAGAAAUUUAUUAAGUGCUUACAUUCACAUUUAUUGUGUAUUUAAUUUGUACAAAUACUUAUUUUCACAUAUAUGUACAUCCUUCUUUAUACAAAUAGCAGCAUCCUGUACAUAUUUUGCACUAUGUCUUGGGCAGUGAUUUUCCCAGUCAGUUUAUAUAUACAUCCAUCCUUUUCUUUUUAAUGGAUGCAAAGUAUUCCAUUGAUUAUAAGGGCCAUAAUCAAAAGUACUAUAUUUAACCAGCCCAGUGUUGAUGGACCUCUAGUUGUUCCCAGGUUUUUUUUUCCCUCUGUUGCAGACAAUGCUGCAAUGUGAACAUUCUUAUCUAUAUAUCCAGUUACAUCGAAAUUCCUAGAAGUAGAAUUUCUGAAUUGAUGGAUAUGCAAACUUAAAAUCUUAAAAUUCUCAAAGAUAUUGUCUAAUUACCCUCCAAAAAUGAUUGUAUCAACCUACAUUCCCACCUACAAACUUUUAUUGGGUUCCUACCAAUUUUUUUUUUUUUUUUUUACCAUGUGGUAGGUAUCAAGCUAGAGGUGAAAGGCAUGUACCAAAAAAUAGCGGAGAGAAAUUAAGAAUGAAGCUCAAGUCCAAGAUUUCCACACACUAUCAGGUGUAGGGAUCUGCACCUGUUAGAAAACCUCUGAAUUCUGCAACAAAGGUCAGCAUCUCAAGUAGGUCUGAUGACAGAAUAAAGUACUAAAUUCCAGAUUAAACUAUAGAUAAUAAUUAUGACUAAUUAGAAAAAAAUUUUUUUUGUUUCUAAUUUCUGAAAGUACUUUACAUACAUUGUUCGUAAUCUUCACAACCAUUUUGGAACUGGGUAAACUGAAGCUCAGAAAGGUCUGAAUUAUCGAAUGAAUGAAUAGGAAAAAAAAAUCACUUGCUUUAACAUUUCUGAGAUAGUCACAUUCCAACCCCAAGUUUAAAUUCACAAGAAUUUACAAUUCUAAAGCUUUCACAUAAUUACAAAUGGGUCAACAUCCGUAAAUUGCUAAUUGAAAAAUUAGCAUAUGUUAGUAGCACACAGUACUAACUUACAUUCAGGCACAUUCAUGUUUAGUGCUAAAUCAAAAAAUACUCUUGGAAUUUAUGAAAUAUCCAACAGACUUGUAAUAGUCAAAAGCGCAAAUGGUACAAAUGACUACAGACAUGACAAUAUACAAAAUGUGACAUAAAUCUACCCAAAACUAAAAAAAGCUAUAUUGACCUUGCACUUACAAUUUGCUAAAAGACACAAGCUUGGGGUGGGAACAAACUCAGUUAUAGUUGACACAAGAAAGUCCAGACCUAGGCAGAAUAGGACUUCCAGAAAGUAUGGGAACUAGCAAAGAGUAAGCUUUUGGAUAGAAGUGGGCCCAACAUGAAGUAAAAGAAUGCCUUGAGAGGUACACAUUAUGCUGAAAUGGAGUAUAUAGGAACAAGAGAUAUUUGGAACACAAAACAGCUAAGUAGUUGACACUAACAAAACUACUAGUAUCCAGCAGGGCUCCAGGUAUCAUGUGGGAGUUUGAGGGACUCCACUCCUUAAUAAAAGCAAAAAAGUGGCAAUGGGGAGAGUAAGGAAGAGCCUCAUGGAUAGGUGGUCUGUGUAUGUUACACCAAGACAAGUCCCAGUUAUCCUGAUGGAUACAAAAUGCAGGCACUGGGACAAGACAGCACCCUAACUAUGAGAAUAGAGGCUUUAGGUCAGGGUGGGACCUGAUGUUGAGUUCCAGGACGUAGAACUAAAGCUCCUUAGGCUCUUCCUCCUACAUGUAAUACAGAUUUAUAUGAGAGGUUGAAGAUAAUGCUGAGCCUGCAACCUGGAGUCAAGUGUCUAGAACUAUCAGAAGAAAAUACAGGCUGGGGCCCAGAAGAGGCCUAACUAUAUCUGGGGUUUGCUAAUAGAACUGAAUGUUGGAACUGAAUAUUUUAGUAUGUAAAGAUUUCACCGCUACCAGAAAUUUCCCCUGGCACCCCAUAAUCUUAUGCCACCCAUCCUAACCUAUAGUAUCUAUGGCUUCUCUUAAUUUCCAUGGGAACAUAGGAAAAACAGAGACUGGUCUGGCUUGCAGAUAUUUAGUAUGUGUUGUUAGCCUCACAUUACAUACUAGUAUCAUAGAAGUAGGCCAUCUGAAGUAUAAAGCUGAGUUCAAAGGGAAAAAACCUUGGAAAAUGUAUAUAGCCUGAGCCGUAUCUCUACAUUGUAGUACUUCACACAAUUUCCUCCCAGAGAAGCAUAACCCCAUCACUGAAACAACUCCUCCUAGUAAGUGCUAGAAGCAUUUUCAGAAGAGAGGAAAAGAGACCUAUAAAUGCAAUAUCUGUCUUUAGAGGUCCCACUCAUGAGUUUACCUUCUUGUGGGCUCUUGUUAUCUGCUGUAACACACAGCCCACUCGCUGGCACUAGAAGAGUCCCCAUAUAGAUCUAGGCACUCCCAAAAGCUUACUAUCAAGGGAAAUGUUUAGAGCCAUGGAUUUCCUUCCUCCAACCAGCUGAUUCCACAUAUAAAUCAUGAGCCACCCAGCCCUAACGUACUUUAUGAUGGUAUCAAGAGAAGUUAGUGAGAAAUGCACUAAGCAGGCAAACAAAAACAAAGGCAAUCCAGGUCAAUGAAGCAGGGUAUAACUCACCACAAUCCCUUUGCCACAGCCCCCUUUUUAAGCUUCUCCACAAAAAUCCAUACUGUCUAGUCCAAGAUGCUUCACAAUAAACCAUCAUGAAGAGAAAAACAUGUCUUACCAUGUCAUAUUCCUUAAAAAAUACAUUGACGAAGAAAAAAGAAAACACAUAGAUGAAACCAGAGUGUUUACAAGCAAUCUAUAUUCUACAGAUAUUCCAAUGAAUGACAUAAAUGAGGUAAUAUGGCAAAAUGAGAAAAAUAUAAGAUUGUUCUCUUCAGUGCAUAGAAUUCAUGGCAGCUGCUGGACUAUGUAGCUACAUAAAAACAAUAUUGAAUUGCCUAAGUUAAUACAAAAUAGUUUCACAUUUACAAAAUGAGACCAAAAUGUGUUACCUCGUUUCUUACAGAAACAAACCCACGUGAAUUCCUUUUUUCCUGUACCCUUUUGCCUUGCCAAUUCCCUGUUCUCCACUAAUGUCCCCUUCUUUUUCUAAUUACUCUCCUAGUCAUUUUGCCUGACCUUGCACCCAAGUAUGGGAGACAGAAUCCUUGAGGCUCAAGAUUCUAUGGCGGCUGUUUGCAAGGGGGAGGAGGCUACAGUAACUGCCACACUGGAUACACUUAUGUGGGAAAGAAGGGGGAAAGUAUCCCGUAUGCCUCUCAAGUACAAAAAAGUGGAAUGCUAAGAUGCCUGUAUUGCCCCCAGGAGCCAAAAGUAGAAGAUUCUGAACAAAAGAAUUGCAACCGAAGGACAGAAGAGGGAAGAUGUACAACCAGCCGUGUCUUCUGGCUUUUUGGUGUCUGCUUCUAAUGGCAACAGUCUAUUUUAUGAAGCAUCAAGGCACCGAGAAGAUCUCUGCUUCUGCAAGUUGACAGAAAGUAACAUCCAUGAACGUAAGAAUGCAAGAUCAAGACUUGUCACAGAAACAAUGCCUAAAAUGAAGGGGGGCGGGGUGGCAGAAGAGAGACAGAAGUCCAACCUGGCCCAGACCAACCCAGGCAAAGGAUGGGAGAAUUCAAGAAGAAACUAAAAAGAGAAAGCACCUGGGAUCCCAUCAUUCCCCGCAAGAUGCAGUAAAGCAAUGUCAUCCUGUCUUCAGUCAAGUUACAGAAAGAGCUCUUUAAUCCCUUCCUUUGGUCCUCUAAAAGCUACAGGAAGUUCACUAUUCGCAUCAACUGAUAUGGUUUCAGAACAACUGUAAUUGCUCAACCUAGAUGACUCUUUCCUUCCUCCCUAGGGAUGUUAACUAUAUAUUAUGUAUAAUUAAAAACACAUAUUGUAAAAAUCGAUAUAUUUUAUGUAAUAUAAUACAUACAAUAUAAUUAAAUACUAGUUAUUAUAUUAAAGAACACCUAUAAGAAACUUUGAGAUGAUUUCCCUAACAUAGGAGCUUAGGAAAAGUGAAAAUACCACUUCUGUCUUGUAGGAUUUCACCUCCCCAGAGCUCAGCCAUUUAGGGACCCUUAUAGCUCUCCUACCAAUCCCUCCACCCAAUCCCGUCUUCUUGCUGGGCAUCUGACCUCCCUAUUGGCUAUCUCAUACCUUUAAACUGCCUGCUUUGUGACCUCAUUCUCCCACCAAACCUACCGCCAUAUGGUAGAAUCUUGGGGUUUCCACAGAGCUGCCUGUAAACAAAUUUGGAUCAUCGCAAGUGACCAGUGACCAGUGGCCUUCAUACUGGUCACAUGCUGUCUUUGGCUUCAGCCACUAAGACACCUUCUAGUAUUGUCUCUUCAACCCUUGUAUCUACAGCUGAUGUCUCCUCUUCUCUGACCAUGUCAGAGAAUUUCCAAAAUUCAUCUUUGCUUGGAACUCCAAGUUCUCUGCAGCUCUCUCUUCCUGUGGUGAGCGAUGCGGCUCCCCUAACAGGAAGCGUCUGCAACCUCUCCAGAGUCUCUGCUCCAGCUGUCAGCUCGGCAUGGCUACUGCCAUCAGCCUCUAGCACCUCCUUCCAACCACUCAUGGGUAGUGCCUACCUUUACCAACAUUCUAGCACAACCAUGUUGUCUGGAGUUUCUGGCCAGAGCCAGAUCUCCACUUCAUCUGCCUCCUACCCAGGUAUUUUUGAGUGGGAUAUCACAGGAAGCACUGAGAAGUCAUCUUCACUCAGGGACUUCACUGUCACUGUCAUUGACCAGGGCACAUCUAUUUCUUCCAUGCCCAUGGCAGCUCAGUAUGACAAAACUUCAGAUACCAAUACCAUGGUCCCUCUGUAUCCAUCACUGUCUGCUACCCUUGUUCAGGGAACAUCAAAUCAGGGACAUAGCUUGUCACUUCCCUACCCGGAAGGGAGCCAGGUAUACUACUAUAAUCAAGGCACACUGGGGCCCCUACUAUCAGGAGAACUUGGCCCCUGCCUGCAAUCCUAUUGCUCUGUGUCAUACACAGGAGGUAGAGCCUCUGCCCCUCAACCAGAAAUGGUAAUGGUACUAAAGGAGGUUCAGCCCACAAAUGCCCUACCACCAGCCUCCAGCUCUGGAAUUUACUAUUCCGUGUCUGCUCAACCCGUCGUGGAAACAAGUUUUCAAGUGAUGGAAACUUCCCUGGGGAUGGAGACUUCCCUGGGAUUGCAACCUCCAAGUCAGACAUUUUGUCUGCCACAAACUCCAGAAUUUCCCAAGUCCUGCAGUGGCAGAAAUAUCCAGAUACUUGAGAGUAACCCACCACCUGAGCUUGGGGAUAUUCCAGUGAUAGCUCCAGUCCAGAGUUCUAGUAAUCUCCUUGCACUGCCUCCAGCUCCAAGCCAGGAACAAACAGAGAAUAAGAAUUUGGAUGAGAUUAAAAGCAAGCCUCCAAAACUUCUGGAUGCCUACCAGAUCCCAAUAGAAAACCAAGAUCCUCCACUACUCCCUUUAGAAAUUCCUGAUAUUCACCAGCUUCUGGCUUGCAUUGAUCCCCUCAGUCAAGAGGAACAGUCUGGUUCUGAAAACGUUGAUCUGGGAAAGAACAGCCUGAGUCUUGAAGAUCAGGGAACACUUGAAAAUGGCAUUGAGUCUACCAGUGGUUUUGCAGGUAUCACUACACUGAUGAAGGAUAUUCACCUUCCUCAGCUCUUCAAUUCCUUGAAAGACUUUGAUCAGUCCAAGGAUCCCAAGGCAAUUAAAACCAAAGAUACCAAAACCAUCGAGGUGAAUCAGGGGCAGGAAAAGUCAAGCAUGAAAAAGAGUUCCUCUGAUCAAGUCAGGAAGAACAAACGCAAAGCCUCUGAGCCUAUCACUGGUGCUCCCAAGGCCAAAAUCCAAGCAAAGAACCCAGAGGGAGAAGUGAUUGUUUCCCAUGCAGAAGCCAGUGACAGGGCUCCUGUGAAUAUUGCUAAGCAUUCUAACAGCAAAUCUCAAAAAGCUGUAUCCAGCAGGAGCAGCAAAACUAAGGGCCAUGGGCAGGAAAAGGCCAAAAGGACCAGAGAAAACAACUCCAAGAAAGCUGAAGACAGUAAGCAGUCAGGAAACAAAGUGAAGGCAGAAGAGAAGCCAACCAUUCCCAGGAUGAAGCGGAAGAAAAAUCAACUUGAGUUUAGCCAAGAGACUUUUAAGAAGCCUCGAAGCUGCCUGAGCAUGCAUAUGCUGGAGUCUGUGCAGGUUUUCCAUGCACUGGGAAAGAAGAAUGAUAAGAAAACUGGGCUCUCCUCUUCCCGAGUCCUGGGAAACUCAAGCAACACCAAAGACCCCCGGCCAUCCCCAGCUAUCAAACCAUGGCUGAAUACCCCACGUGACGGAAAAGGUCCUGAGAAAACUCAAGUCAAAGCCCAGAAACCAGAUGGCAGCGCUGAGAAAGAGUGUCCAUCUCCAUCCCAGUAUGAGCUGCCACCUCCUGGGAAGGUCAAGUUGGUACCUUUGCCUUUUCCGACCUUGGACAAGCCUCAAGCUCGACCUGUUCCUCGGAGACCACAGUCCCUGGCUUCACAUCGGUCUUCUGUGGCUCACCCUCCUCGGCCUGGUCCUAACUCAGUUCAACCAGGUGCAAUCGAUCCAUCCCGGCCAGCUCCUGCCAAUCCAUCGUGGACGGGUCCUGCUAGACCAGCUCGGCCAGUUUCAACCAACCAGGCCCAACCAGGUUUGACCAACCCUACCCGGCCCAGUGUUCCUCAGUCUGCUGCUUCUAGGCCUACACCGUACAAAACAUCAACUUGCACUUCUCUCCAGCGGGAGCCUGUUCCCACUGUUGUGACCAAGACACAGUCCCCACCUAAGUCUCAAAACCAGUUUCUACUACAAGACUUCUGCUUCCAACCAAUUCCAUGGAGGAAACCCAAUGUUCCUGAGCCAGUAAUGUCAACCCCCAUCACAGAAGAGCAGAGGCCAGAGCGUGAGGCCAUGAAGAGGAAGGCUCAACAAGAACGUGAGAAUGCUGCCAAAUACACCUCUUUGGGGAAAGUGCAGUUUUUCAUUGAGAGGGAGAAAGACCUAGAAAAUGCUCGAUUUUAUGGUUAUGCAAUAUAA